CUGAUAUGUUGCCAUCUGCUGCCUGCUCCAGUACGCCACCACCCUCAGCAACCCAGCUGUUGUCAAGAUGGGGUUGGUAGCAGCAACAGCAGGGGGAGUGAUCCUGGUGAUUCCCUGCCCUGUCCUCACCUUGAGGCUGCCCUACUACUUCCGGCAGGUCAUCCCACACACCCACUGCGAGCCCACAGCCGGGGUGAAGCUGGCAUGUACAGACACCAGAGUGGGCCGGGUCUAUGGUAUCUCCGUGGCGCUGCUGGUGGUGGGGCUGGACAUGAUACUUGUUGCCGCCUCCUACUCCAUCAUCCUAAGGGCUGUCUUCACGCUCUCAUCGAGGGAGGCGAACAGUAAGGUCCUGGCAAUGUGCGCAGCCCACCUCUGCACCCUUCUGGUUUUAUGUACAUCUGCCUUCUUCACCUUCCUGACCCACCGCAUCAACAGAGACGUGCCCCCUUAG